AUGAAGAUCCAAAAUCCAGCUGUUCCUUUCGACUCCACAGUCGUCAUCAUUGGGGCCAAUGGCUACAUUGGCGCUGAGACCUGUGACAAGUUCCUUGAAGCAGGAUACCGGGUUCGCGGCACAGUCCGCAGCGUUGAGCAGCAUCGGGCUUGGAUGCACGGGAUUUUCGACAAGAAAUAUCCCGGAAAAUUCGAGCUAGUGCAAGUCGUUGACUUUGAGACCGACGGGGCGUUUGAUGAAGCAUUCAAGGGUGCCGCCGUAGUCGUCUACGUCUCGACUCCCACCAUAUUUGGUCCAGACCCGAGCCAGGUGAUAGAUCCCGUCGUCAAUGGCACCAUCAACACGCUCAAAGCCGCCGCUCAAGCCAAGAUAUCGGUAGACACAUACAACCAUGAAGAUCUUCGCAAGGCCCGUGAAGAGCCUACAGUUCCUACGGUAGAGAGAGCCAUGGCUGUGUACGGAGCAAGCAGGGCUGCUGCAGAACUGGCUUUCUGGUCCUGGGUGAAAGAGAACAAUCCUCCCUUUGUCGCCAACUGUGUUGUUCCUGAUGGAAACUUUGGGCGCGUGCUGGAUGCAGAACAACCCAAUGGCACCUCUGUGGGAAUGCUGAAGCGCGUCUUAGACGGCGACUGGAGCCGAGUGAUGACUCUUGCUUGGAUUAUUAAUGUCGAGGACUGUGCUCUCCUGAUGGUCGCUGCCGCCGUGCUGUCUUCGAUUGCAAACGAGCGUAUCUUUGCCUAUUACAAGCAGGCCACUUGGAACGAAAUGCGCGCCAAGGUUCGUCAGCUCUAUCCUGACCGCCCGGAGCUUGUAAAGGGGGAAGAUUCCGACGUUGUGGGCAGAGACUUGUCGACCGCGGAUGAAGUUGUGAAGCGAGCUGAAGAGGUGCUCAAGGAGCUUGGCCGACCUGGUUUCAUCAGCGUUGAUGACACUAUACGUGAUUUCGUGGAUACUGUGUACAAAAAAGGCAACUAA